GGCGCGGCGCGGCGGGGCUCGGCGGCGGCGGCGGCGGCGGCGGCGGCGGCGGGAGGAUGCGGGCGGCCGGCGGGGCGGCGGCGGGGGCGCUGGCGCUGGCGCUGCUCCGCCGCUGCCUGCUGCUGGGCCCGCUGGGGCUGCGGCCGGCCGGCGGCCAGGACGGCGACGGCUGCGGCCACACCGUGCUGACGCCGCACAGCGGCACCCUGAGCUCCAAAAACUACCCGGGCACCUACCCCAACGGCACGGCCUGCCGCUGGCGGCUGCGGGCCCCGCCGGGCGCCUCGCUCCUCCUGGCCUUCGGCGACGUCGACCUGGAGCCGUCGGAGGGCUGUGCCGGCAGCUCCCUGCUGCUCGCCGACCCCGACGCCGGCAUCGCCUACGGGCCCUACUGCAGGAACGCCGGCCCCGCGGCCCCGCUGCUGGUGACGAACGCCAGCGCCGUGACGGUCCUCUUCAACAGCACCAGCCACCGCUCCGGCCGCGGCCUCCUGCUCUCCUACGCCACCUCCCAGCACCCAGACCUGGUCUCCUGCUUGGUGAAGGGCACCCACUACGCGCAGGAGCACGUCAGCGUGUACUGCCCCGCCGGCUGCAAGGACGUCGCCGGGGACAUCUGGGGCAACGUGCACCAGGGCUACCGAGACACCUCGGUGCUGUGCAAGGCGGCCGUGCACGCCGGCGUCAUCGCGGACGAGCUGGGCGGCCAGGUGGCCCUGUCGCGGGAGAAGGGCGUCACGCUCUACGAAGCCGCCUUCGCCAACGGGCUCCUCUCCAAAAGGGGCUCCCUCUCCGAGAAGCGGCUCGUUUUCCAUAAAGCCUGCGGCGAUGCCCUCGAGGCAGCCGCCUUCAACGCCUCCUCGUCCUGGCGCGAGCUGGAUGCGCUGGGGCAGGACCGGGCCUGGACGGCCGAGCGGGCGGCGCUGGGAGCCGCUGGCCGCUCCUGGGCCGCCGCGCCGGGCUCCGAGGCCGCCUGGCUGGAGGUUGACCUGGGCUCCCGCAGGAACGUCACAGGCAUCAUCACCAAGGGCUCCUCGGAGAGGUACGACUACUACGUCACGUCCUACCGGGUCUCCUCCAGCCGGGACGGGAGGAACUGGAGAGCCUACAAGGGCAGCGGGCAGGAGGACAAGGUCUUCGAAGGCAACGCCGACAGCCACGGCGAGGUCGCCAACGCCUUCAUCCCGCCCAUCGUGGCCCGCUACGUGCGCAUCACGCCGCAGCGCUGGCACCAGCGCAUCGCCUUGAAGGUGGCCCUGGUGGGCUGCCCGCCGGCGCGCGCGAGGGCACCCCGGCCCUACGUGCCCCGCGCCCCCGAGGAGGUGCCCGUCCUGCCCGGCAGCCCGGCCACCCGCACGCCCGUCCCUGGCGUCGCCCUGGACCCGGAGAGGGCAGGCUCCACGCUGCUGGUCAUGCUGCUCCUCGGUGCCUUCGUGCUGCUCUGCUCCAUCCUGCUGCUGCUGGCUUUCCUCUGCCGCCGGAGGAGGAAGGCGACGGCCGAGCCGCACUGCGGACUCGCCAAAGGCUACCCCCCGCUGGAGUCGAGCCGGGUGUGCUCCCUGGAGAGCCUGCCGCCCGCCGCGCUGGCCGCCUUCCCCGCGCCCCGGGACCUGGGCCCGCACCUUUCGCCAGAGUACGCCGAGCCGGACGUGGUGCCGCUGAGCCCCGGCAGCCAGACCGGCCCCUCCACCUUCAAGCCGCCGCCGGACGAAGGCUACGCGCUGCCGCUGGUCGUGAGCCACUACGACGUGCCGGGGAAGCGCCACGAGUACGCGGAGCCGCUGCCGCCCGAGCCCGAGUACGCCACGCCGUUCAGCGAGCAGGCGCCCGGCUCGUCCCCGCACCGGCCAGCGCGGUACGACUCGCCCGCCCCGCGGCCGGAGCGGACUGCCAGCCCCGGGGGGGACGCGGCCGGGGCACCCGCACCCUCUCCGGAGGGGUCCCGCUUCCAGCUCGGGGACUGUCCGCUCUCGCACGUGUACCACGAACCCUCGUGAAGCCGCGAGGAGGGAGAGUGUCUCCGCCGCGCCGGGCACGCGCCGGCUGCCCGAGCCGCAGGAUGCGGCCGCCCGAGGGGGAGAAGGCGAAGAGGGGAAGGCGAAGCCCUUCUCGCCCCGCGGGGCUGCCCACGCUCCCGGUGGCCCGAGCCCUUGGACGUAGACCUUCCCCGAGGUCUCGGAGGGAGAUUUUUACAAAGCAAUCCUAUUUAAAUAUAUAUAUAUAUGUAUA